AACAGAAUGGCAGCUCUGGGGUUGGAAAUAUUAGGGGUCACCCUAGCUGUGUUCGGUUGGAUUGUAGGCAUCGUGUCUUGCGCUUUGCCUAUGUGGAAAGUCACGGCUUUCAUCGGCGUGAACAUCGUAACGGCGCAGACCAUAUGGGAGGGAAUCUGGAUGAACUGUGUAGUGCAAAGCACUGGCCAGAUGCAGUGCAAAGUCUACGACUCCAUGCUAGCGCUCAGCUCAGACCUGCAGGCGGCCAGGGCUCUGUGUGUGAUAGCCAUUGUGAUGGGAGUACUGGGACUCCUGCUCUCCGUUGUGGGGGCCAAGUGCACUAAAUGCCUAGAGGAGGAGCGGGCCAAAGCCAGAGUGAUGAUCACCGCUGGAGUCACCUUCAUCUGCGCUGCGGUCAUGCAACUGAUCCCUGUGUGCUGGUCUGCUCACAGUAUCAUCAGAUCCUUCUACAACCCCUUAAUCAUAGAGGCACAAAAGAGGGAGAUAGGUGCGUCUCUUUACCUGGGAUGGGCAUGUAGCGCCCUUCUGCUGAUUGGCGGGGGGAUUCUCUGCUGCAGCUGCCCCCCGCAGGAGGGGAAUAGGUACGGUCCACCCAGCAGGAUGGUGUACUCCUCUGCACGAUCUGUACCACCCGCUGGCUUUGACAAACAAAACUAUGUGUGAACAAAUGUACUCUUUUUGUGUUGCAACUCUGAAUCUCUGAACAUGAUGAUACAGCACAAGACAGUGUGUGUUUCUGUACAGCGAGUCAGAACUCUUUUGCCAUUUCUUUUGUUACCAAGUUUAUGCAAGCCGUUUCGAAGAAUUGCAAGUAUUAUAUUAUUACUAAAAAUAAGCACAUGCAAAAGUAUGUUCCUGUCAAAUGUGCAUUGAUAUUGAUAUUGUGGUUUUUAGUAUUGUGUUACAGAUAACUAAAAUUUCAGUGUUUUUGUAAACUUUUCAUUACAUGUAUCUAUGUGAGUCCAUGUUCUAUUAAGAUUUGUAGUUUAAGUGUGCCACAUUAAUUUUAAUACACAUUCACUAAUUAAAAAAAUAAACACAAAUUAAUUAAUUUGUUUUUAUGCUCCAUGGUCUUUGGGUCCUAAUUAAUUUAAUUUAAUAACUCUUGCCCCACUUUUUUUUUUUUUUUUUGAAGUUGCAAGCUAUUUUCAGCAUUUGUUAUAAUUUUCACAAACAUUUACUGGCAUCCAGAAUAUUUUAUUAUAUGACUAUAUGAACAUGCAUUAUGUUAAAUGAAAGAACAGAGCCUCUGCCUAAAAUAAAUAAACUACCUUCCUGCAAUUUUUAAUCAAAU